AUUACCAUUUUAGCUGGUAUUUUAUUGGAUAUGCCUAUACUGCCUGUUAGUUUAACCCGGCUUGGAUCACCUACAACUCAGGGUUUACAAGCACAUUUAGGUCUUCAACCUAUCUUGCAUUCAACUGGUUCAUUGCAUGGUUCCAAUCCAUACACUGUUGUCUCAUCAUCUGGUCCAAAUAAUUUAGGUACUACUGGUAGUAGUUUAACUAUAUUAUUCGGUGCACCAUUAGAUAGAACUUCAACUUCUUAUACAACUACACCAAUUGGUACUUCGGGUUCAAUAACAACACCAACCGGUGUACGUGCUUUAGCUGCUGCAGCUGCUGCAUUAGCCAGUGUAAACAGUCGUCAAGUGCAUUCAGUUGCUGCUGCCAGUGGUACAACAAUGCUAGCAUUAUCUGCAUCAUCUGAUAUUAGUGGUGUUUCUACAGGUCGUUCAUCUAUUUCUGUAACAAAUAUUGGUUCAACUGUAAGUACAUCUACUUCUACUACUACUAGUAGUGGUAGUACUGCUACUACGAAUACUACAGGAUCUGCAUCUAUUCUAACUACAGUUUCAACAUCUGUACCAGCUACUGGAUUUUCUACAUCAACAACAAGUACAAAUACAAAUGCCCAUGCUAGUAGUCUAUCAACAAAUGGAAGUAAUUAUGGCUUAUUAGAUCAUAGAACAUUAUUUAAAGAAACACAUCCUGUUCAAUCAAUUAUGAUAUCACGUUCAGGAACUAUGGCAUUGCUUACUAUACAUAAAAUG